AUGCUUUUGGUUCUGCGUCGGGGUGUGUCUACUCGGGCUAAAAAGAUCCCCGUGCAGCUGCUCAAGGACUGGCCGCGGCUGGGAAAGCGUGGUGAGGUAGUAGAGGUUAGUGAAGGCAUGAUGCGCAACAAAUUGCAUGCCAACAACGGUGCCGCGUACGUUUUGAAAGGACAGCCUCUCCGAAUGCCCCUAUACACCCGUUCACAAGUUGAGGCCUCGAGCCCCAAGGUUAAAGCUCAGGCAGCGGAACCCAAGCAAGAGAUCACUGCCGAAGCACACGUGGAGGCCCCGAAGAAGGAGAAGCCCUCUGCCAUCGAUUUCCUCAAGUUCCCUGGUUCUAAACCCACAGAAUCUGCUGCCGAGCAAACAACAGCUGAGCCAUCAAAAGAAGAGUCCGAGAUCAAGACGUUUGAGUGGGAGAACGAGAUUGUCGCGAACAUCUCCAAAAACCGCCGCAGCUAA